AUGCGUCUCCUGAAAAUUGUUUGGGCAUUGUGCCCAAUUGGACAUGCUGUAACGGAUGGUCAACAACGGCUACAUCCUCAUAGAGUGUCGAGCUAUGAGGAGGACGCCAGGGAGGCGUACAUCUCAGCCUCCGGGCAGCCAGUCAUGAGAAGAGAGGCCAAGCAGGAAGAUGAAGACAGGCAAGAUGACCAAAUGCCCAUAGAACCUCACAGGCAGCAGCAGGUGGUCACCCAACUUGCGCCCAAAGCACUUGUGGCCACCGGGGAGCCACUGCCUGUGAAGGUUGAUGGGUGCCAAGAUGCUGCCACAGCUCAUGUCAUCGAAGGGUCCUACAUGCCAGCCGGGACCAGUGGUGACAAACCAUCCUACAAGAAGGAUGGCUCUGGCACGGGUGAUGACGAGGUUUGGCUGUAUCACUAUGCUGACCUUGAUGCAGGGUCAGUGGGCUGGUGGAUUGGCUCCAAUCCUUCGGGUCGGGUCCACAUCUACGCCUUCAACCCUUCCGAGGCCGACCUUCCUCCGAGCAACGGGUGGAAGGCUCCGUGGUGGGGUGAUGUGGACGCUUCACUUCAGAUAGAGACCUUGGAGCAGGACUUAGUGACACAACUUCCUGAGGUCGCGAAGGAGGACGAGCCCUUCACUGCAACUUCGCCUCCUGUCGAUGAGCCCUUUGCAGCUACGACAACAGAGGGGCCGAACGAUUCGGACAAGGGGCCCGGCAACGAGGCACCUGCAGUGAGCAAUAUCAGCAAGGACAUGGAACCCUCUGAGAUGCAACACCUUCUGAAAGAAGAGGGGGAGAUGAUCACUGCUGCUGUUGCGAAGCUGUCAAGCGGAAAGAAGCUUGCUGAUAUGGUCUUCGGCACCGACACGGCCGCGAUCCCCGAUGAGCCACCCAGUGACGAGAUGCUCGAGAAGUUGUCCCAGGACCCAGCAAUGGCCAAGAAGGCUUUGAAUCGGACAGUGGCUUGGUACCGGGAUGAUCCAGGCUGA